AUGAUUGCUCGCCCGCUCAUCGCACCUGCCAGCCUCCCCCUGGCAGUGUUGGCCACUGGACAGCAGGGAUGGGAGAAGCCCAAAGUGACCACCUAUUCAGGGGAAGGCGCGGAGUCCGUCGUGCAAAUGGCUGCGCACAAGGAGUCGCUGAGGAGAAGGAAGGUCGGGAACGCAGGCCUGGGACCUGGGUCGCCGCCGCCCGCGCCGGGUCGCGAUCCCGCAGGCUGCCCCGACCGCUUGCGCGCGGGCACCUUCUGGCUGACCCGGGUCGUGCUCCUGCGGGCCCUGGCUUUCGUUUACUGUGUGGCCUUCUUGGUAGCUUUCCAGCAGAACAAGGCCCUGAUUGGUGACCGAGGCCUGCUUCCUUGUAAGCUGUACCUGAAGAGUGUCCAGCAGUACUUCCAGGGCCAGGCCAGCUGGGAUGCCUGGAGCUAUGCGCCGACCAUCUUCUGGCUGUUAGACUGGUCGAAUAUGAACUUCAACUUGGACCUCUUUGCCCUUCUCGGGUUGGGCAUCUCAGCCUUUAUCCUGGUGACUGGCUGUGCCAACAUGAUCCUCAUGGCUGUUCUCUGGGUCCUCUACUUGUCCCUGGUCAACGUGGGACAGGUCUGGUAUUCUUUUGGGUGGGAGUCACAGCUGCUGGAAACAGGGUUCCUGGGGAUCUUUCUGUGCCCUCUCUGGACCUUGUCCCGACUGCCUGAGUUCACCCCGCCAUCCCGCAUCAUCCUCUGGGGCUUCCGGUGGCUGAUUUUCAGGAUCAUGCUCGGAGCAGGCCUCAUCAAGAUCCGGGGAGACCAGUGCUGGAGGGACCUCACCUGCAUGGACUUCCACUAUGAGACGCAGCCAGUGCCCAACCCACUGGCCUACUACCUGCACAGGUCACCCUGGUGGCUCCACCGCGUCGAGACACUUGGCAACCACAUCCUGGAGCUGCUUGUGCCCUUCUUUGUGUUCCUUGGGCGCCGGAUGUGCCUCAUCCAUGGGGUGUUGCAGAUCCUGUUCCAGGUGAUCCUCAUCCUCAGCGGAAACCUGAGCUUCCUGAACUGGCUGACCAUCGUGCCCAGCCUCGCCUGCUUUGAUGACAUGGCACUGGGCUUUCUGUUUUCCUCGGGGCCUAAUGGCCUCAAAGGCCGUGUCCUGAAGAUGCAGGACAAGAAAGCCCGAGGGGCCCAGCCACAGCCCAGACAUGGCUGCAGGGUGCGGCGCCUUGUCAACCUCGCACUGGGCGCCUUGGUGGCCUGGCUCAGCGUACCCGUGGUCCUCAACCUACUGAGCUCCAGGCAGGUCAUGAACACCUCCUUCAGCCCACUCAGGAUCGUCAACACCUAUGGGGCCUUUGGAAGCAUCACCAAGGAGAGGACAGAGGUGAUCCUGCAGGGCACAGCCAGCACUAACGCCAGCGCACCUGACACCAUGUGGGAGGACUAUGAGUUCAAGUGCAAGCCCGGCAACCCCUGGAGACAGCCGUGCCUUAUCUCCCCCUAUCACUACCGCCUGGACUGGCUCAUGUGGUUCGCUGCCUUCCAGACCUAUGAGCACAACGAGUGGAUCAUUCACCUAGCCGGCAAGCUCCUGGCCAGUGAUGCAGAGGUCCUGUCCCUGCUGGCCCUCAACCCCUUCGAGGGCCGAUCCCCGCCCAGGUGGGUCCGAGGAGAGCACUACCGGUACCAGUUCAGCCUCCCACAGGGCAGGCACUCAGCUGAGGGCAAGUGGUGGAUACGCAGGCGCAUUGGCCCCUACUUCCCCCCACUCCGCCUUGAAGACCUGAGGGGCUACUUUGAGGCACGGGAGUGGCCACUGCCACAGCCCAUCUAGGCAUACCCUGGAAUAAAGGCAUGCACUCUGCAUGGAGUCCCUAUGGACCCCGCCCCACCUGGACACCUGGCCAGCACCACAAUGCAGUGGAGAAGAGAACCCACAGCCACAGUUCCAUCCCUCCGGAGGUGCUGGCACCUCCCCAGCCACUCUGAGCUCCUGGCCCAAGGGCCCUGCCCAGCCUGGGACCGCAGGCCUC